AUGGCGGGCUUCCCUCUAGGCGGAGGCGGAGGAGGCCACGGCCGCGGCGACCACCCUCACCCACACGUGAACCCUUCCUCCGGCUCCGGCUCCGAGUCCGCCGCCGCCUACCUCUACACGGCCGCCGCCGCCGCUUCCGCGCCGCGCGGCGGGUUCCAGCUAUGGCCGCACCACCCGGCGCAGGAGCACCACCACCACUUUUACGCGCCCAACAUCAUCCGCUUCGCCGAUGACCCCAUGGCGGCAGCCGCGGGCUCCUCGCGCGGCGGCAGGGGCUCCGCCUCAGGCGCCGGCGCGGGCACCAUCAGCUGCCAGGACUGCGGCAACCAGGCCAAGAAGGACUGCGUCCACAUGCGCUGCCGCACCUGCUGCAAGAGCCGGGGCUUCGACUGCCCCACCCAUGUCAAGUCCACCUGGGUGCCCGCCGCCAAGCGCCGAGAGCGACACCAGCAGCAGGCCACCGGCGCCGCCGAGCCCUCCAAGCGCCACCGCGACGCCGGUGCCCAGCCCUCCUCUACCACCGCCACUACCACUUCGUGGGGGGAGCAGCAGCAGCAGAUGGCGGUGGUGGCGGAGCGGUUCCCGCGGGAGGUGAGCUCGGAUGCGCUGUUCCGCUGCGUCCUCCUGGGCCCGGUCGACGAGCCCGACGCCGAGGUGGCGUACCAGACCAGCGUCAGCAUCGCCGGCCACAUAUUCAAGGGCAUCCUGCACGACGUCGGCCCGGACCCGUCGGUCGCUGCGGGCGGCGGCGGCGGCUUCUGCCACGCCACCGAGGGGUCCUCCCCGAGCACGGCCGCGGCGGGCGAAGGCAGCGUCGCGGGGCCCGUCUCGUCAUCGGCUGUGGUCAUGGACCCGUACCCGACGCCCGGCCCCUACGGCGGCGGCGCGCAUUUCUUCCACGGCCAUCCGAGGUGA